ACGCUCUCGGCGGACGUCCCGUGCCGCCUCUGCUGGCGCAGGUGCCCCAGAGGGACUGAAGUCGCUUGUCCUUUUGCUCAAGGGGACUGCACCCGGGGAGAUCCGAUGACCUCGGCUUCGCUGAAAGUUGGGAGGAGGCUGGAUUCCUGUCAGGAGAACCAUCUGAUGUCACUUCGGUCGGCGCGAGCCGGUCGGUCUUCCGAAGCAGCCUGUGCGUGAAGCUGCCCCGCCGUGACCUAAUCCGGGAGGUGGGGUAUGUCGGUUAAGCCUCUGGGCAUUUUGGAGCCGCCUUCCCUGGAAAGUUAUGCGAUGUCUCGGGCUGUUCAUCUUCCAGUCCCCUGUCCCGUACAGCUUGGUUCUAUAAGCAAUGACUCCCUGGAAGCUCAGCUUCAUGAUUAUGUCAGACAAGGAAACUACGUGAAAGUGAAGAAGAUUCUCAAGAAAGGAAUUUAUGUCGAUGCUGCUAACUCCCUGGGCCAGACUGCGCUUUUCGUUGCUGCACUAUUAGGCCUUAGAAAGUUAGUUGAUGUUCUGGUGGAUUAUGGAUCAGAUCCAAAUCACCGCUGCUUUGAUGGGAGCACCCCUGUCCAUGCAGCAGCCUUUUCAGGCAAUCAGUGGAUCCUCAGCAAACUGCUGGAUGCAGGGGGUGACCUUCGACUCCACGACGAGAAGGGUCAAAACCCACAGAUCUGGGCUCUGUCAGCAGGGAAGGAGCGCAGCACUGCGAUGGUGGAGUUCAUGCAGCGUUGCACCUCCCACAUGCAGGCCAUCAUCCAGGGUUUCUCCUGUGACCUCCUGAAGAAGAUUGACUCCCCUCGGCAGCUCAUCUGCAGCCUGCCCCGGUUUGGGGGCCUCGUGCAGGGAAACCCUAAUGGCUCUCCUAACCGACUGCUUAAAGCUGGAAUCAUUUCUGCCCAAAAUAUCUACAGCUUUGGCUUUGGGAAGUUUUAUCUCACAGGGGGUACACAGCUGGCCUAUCUAGGAUGUCUUCCAGUAAUUGGAGAGAAGGAAGUGAUUCAAGCUAAUGAUGAACCUACCUUCUCUUUCUUCAGUGGCCCUUACAUGGUCAUGACCAACCUGGUGUGGAAUGGGAACAGGGUCACAGUGAAGGAGCUGAACCUCCCCACCCACCCGCACUGCAGCAGGCUGCGGCUCGCCGACUUACUAAUUGCUGAGCAGGAGCACAGCAGCAAGCUGCGGCACCCCCACCUACUGCAGCUGAUGGCUGUGUGCCUGUCUCAGGAGCUGGAGAAGACCCACCUGGUGUAUGAGCGUGUCACUGUUGGCACACUGUUUGGUGUCCUCCAUGAACGGAGGUCCCAGUUCCCCAUGCUGCACAUGGAGGUGAUAGUGAACCUGCUGCUCCAGAUCGCUGAUGCCCUGAGGUACCUGCAUUCCCGGGGCUUUAUCCACCGCUCCCUCAGCUCCUAUGCCAUCCACAUCGUUUCCACAUGGGAAGCAAGGCUGACCAACCUGGAGUACAUGAUGGAAAGCCAGGACGGAGGUGGACACAGGGACCUGACUUGCAUACCUCUUCCGGCCCAGCUGUACAACUGGGCAGCCCCAGAGGUGAUCUUACAGAAGGCAGCCACAGUGAAGUCAGAUGUCUACAGCUUUUCAGUGAUCAUACAGGAGAUUCUAACAGACAACAUACCCUGGAAUGGCUUAGUUGGCUCAGUCAUCAAAGAAGCCAUUGUUUUGGGAAAUUAUUUAGAAGCUGACAGCAGGCUUCCAAAACCUUAUUAUGAUAUUGUUAAGUCAGGCAUCCAGGUCAAGCAGAAAGAUCGAACUAUGAACCUUCAAGAUAUCCAGUAUAUUCUGAAGAAUGACUUAAAGGAUUUUAUUGGAAGUCGGAGAACUCAGCCAACCGAGUUCUCCAGGGUGCAGAGAUGUGAACUCCAUCCUGAUGUCAGUGUCUAUCAAGGACUGACUUCAGAUCAUCCAAAAGAGCCCCCUGACUUGCAAUUAAAAGAACUGAAGGAAACAGGCAGUCAACCUCAGUCACCAAGGGGUCACUCUCCUCCCACUGAGAAAGCAACGCCAGAUCCUCAGGUCCCAGAUCCAAGUUUGACAGCCAAGGAGACUCAGAACCAAGAUGCUGCUGCUUCUGCUUGCUCUGUGCCGGAAGAGGCCAGGAGCCCCAGCCCAGGCCUGGCGAGCCUCUGCAGCUUUGAAAUCAAUGAAAUCUACUCAGGCUUCCUGGACAUGGGAGAUGACAAAGAGGAAGAGCCCCCGGGAGUGGGUUCAUCUCUCAAAGGGACUAGACCAAACCAGGUAGAUGGGUUGAAGUCCUUGGGAGAAGAGUUGGAAAAGAUGGAGAGAGAGGCAUUCUGUUUUUGCGAUGAGGACGAGAGUUCUUCAGAGGCUGACACAGAGUUCUCUUUUGAUGACUGGGACUGGCAGAAUGGUUCUCUCGAUUCACCCAGCCUCCCUGAGCCGGCCAGAGAGGCCAAGGGCAAUAUGAGCAACAGGUCCUUGACUGAAGAGUACAUUAGUAAGUGUGUGCUGAAUCUGAAGAUUGCACAGACGUUAAUGCACCAGAAUACUGAUUUGCUAAGGUCUAUCCAACAGAAGCUAGAUGAAGUUGAGAUGAUGCAGAAGGAGCGGGAGGAGCGCAUGUCUUCAUGGGCUUCCUCAAGAGAGUUUGCAGAUGUCUUCGACUUGCCUUUAGCCUUGGGACCCCCAACAGCCAACUAUGUUCCUCCUGUCACACAGCUGCAGGGGGAACAGCAGCUGCACUCUGCUGGCAACAGCCUGACCCUAGCAGGGUCUCCAAGAAUAGUGAGACACUUUCGAGGGGGACAUUUUGGCAAAAGGUGCAGGAAAAGAAGUGGCUGUGGCUGGAAAGCUCUCACCCAAGUCUCUGAAGAAAGCACUGGGGAUCAGUCAGAGAAGAGCCAUCAGCUGUCACCUCUUUUUGGCCCUCAAAAACAGAGCAUAGGUGGACACUUUCAGCCCACUGAGGGAGCCAAGGACACUUUGGAAAGAAGUAGGAACCAGAACACCAGCAGCCAGGGAAGGCCUGGAGAGUGCAGCAUCCAAGCCCAAGUUACACAGCUAAAUAGUGGCCUCUUCACUGUGUCCGGUCCCCCUCAGGGACCUCUAGUGUCACUCAGCCCUGGCCAGGGCCCUACUAGGACCAGUGUGGAAUCUGUAUCUUCUGAAAACUGUAAUACAAAGUCAAGAAAUAAUGAAGAUGAUGGAGAGGUACACUUAAAAUGGAAGACGGAGGUGAAAGAAAUGGCAGAGAAAGCAGCCACCGGGCAACUGGCAGUACCUCCUUGGCAUCCUCGCAGUAGUGUGACCUUAGAGGCUGAGGCUGAUUCCCUGCUGCCCAUUAGGGACCCUGAGAAUGUGGAUUGGCAGCGAGCUGUAGAGUAUCCCAGGAAAAAUGAUGAGCCGGAAGGAGAUGGCAAGUGUUACAAAAUGGGCAACAGUGACUGUGACGGUGACCAGCAUGGCAGACAGCCUGGGCCUCAAAGUUUCACUGGUAUCAGGCACCCAUCCCCCAGAAAAAAGGAGCAGCCAGAGCAUAGUGAAGUGUUUCAAGCAAGUUCUGAUGCAUCUGUGGCCACUGAGAAAUCUUCCAGUGAUCAGUUCAUGCAGUCAACUUGUUCACCGGAGUCUUCUGAGGAUGUAACAGAAGGUGAAUUUUUAACUCCAGACCGUGAAUAUUUUUACUCCUCAACUGCUCAAGAAAACAUAGCUCUAGAGAGGUCAAGUCCCAUAGAAGAGGACUUUGAAGGAAUACAAGAUGCAUUUCCCCAACCUCAAGGCUCGGGUGAGGAAAAAUUCCAAAUGAGAAAAAGUCUUGGAAAGAAUGCUGAGAUUUUGACUGGGUCUCAAUUCCAACCUAUACAAAUUACCGGUGGUGACCAAGAGGAGACGUUAAAGGAGCCACAAGAGGAAGUGGAAGAGAAAGACAUAUCACUGACAGACAUUCAAGACCUGUCUAGUAUCUCCUAUGAACAAGAUAGUUCUUUUAAGGAAGUCUCAUGCAAAACACCGAAAAUGCGCCACGCACCCACUAGUGUCAGCACUCCGCUCAGCCCAGGGUCAUGUUCUUCCGUUGCCAGUCGGUAUAAAGACUGCCUUGAAAGUAUCACAUUUCAGGUUAAAACAGGAUCUACCUCAUGCUGGAACAGUCAGGAAUCUGUUCAAACAUUGUCUGAUAAAUUUACAACUGUCCGAGAGAAAGCAGAGAACCUAGAUUCCCUUCUUACUUCCUCUGAAACUCUUCCUUCAGGAUUGAUUGAUCUUAAAAGAUUGUCUACAUUUACUGGGGCUCAUUCCUCCAGCGCUGCUCAGGCACCAGACUCACCGACCCCUGCCACCCAGAGGAGAAGCCCUCCACAAGAACUAGUAGAAGCCAUCUCACAGUGUCACAUCGAUGAGCUACCACCACCAUCACAGGAGCUACUUGAUGAAGUUGAGCGCUUGAAGCAGCAGGAGGCCUCACCCUCAGUGUCAGGCGAGAAUGCUGCAAGUCAUCCUGGCACAACUGCAAAUGAUCGAAGACACUUAGAAGAACAAGAAAGUAACAGUAAAAAAGAAGAUAGCAGUUUGCUUUGGACCAAAGAAACUCAGGAUCUAGACAAGGACACAGAGAGAGCUCACUCUACCCUCGACGAGGACCUGGAACGAUGGCUGCAGCCACCUGACGACAGCAUGAGGCUACAGGAUCUUCCUAGGAGCUCUGCAAGGGAGACACUUACCAAAGAUCAAGAAGUUGGUGAAAAGAAGAGAAAAGGGGAAGAAGGCAUCAAGCCAGAGAGAAGGAAAUUAGACAUUUUUUUAGGAACUUCUGAAGAAGAGGAACUAAAACCCUGUUCUUGGAAGCGACUGGGUUGGUCGGAACCAUCCAGGAUAAUCGUACUGGAUCAGAGUGACUUGUCAGACUGACUGGAAUUGGGUCGUGAAUGGACUUCUGCCCUCCCUGAGUUUGAACAUCCAGCUUGUGAGCUCCCUCCUCCCCUCGUCCGCGUCAGUCACCAUCAGGGCAGUGAGUCUAUACCUCAAGCUUUGUUCAGCUGCUACAAUAGACUGAACAAUUUGGCCCUGUCUGUUUGCAGCACAUGUAGCCUCUUGUUUUCAAUCAGAUUUCUGAAAAGUGAAAAGUAGGUUCGAUUGUAAAAAUUUCUCAUUUGUUCCCAAAAUGGCUUUUAGUUUUGUUGAAAACCUUUAACUCCUGUUACAAAAUAAAAUGUUUACUUUUAA